AUGAGCCGUCGCUUCGCCAACAAUGAUGCAUAUCUUGGUGAUGCCCUCAGCCAUAUUCGCGAUGAGGAUCUGGCAGCCGACGUGGAGGCUUUCCGCGACCAGUGGCUGUCCGAGGUCGAUGUCAAUGAUCUGAGGAGAGCUGCAAUUGUGGGCAAGCAUCCAAAAACCUAUGAGGACAUUAGUCGUGGAACCUGGACAGGGCCUACCGAGGGCCUCGUGGAGCUUGACCCCAAGGAGAAGGAGGCUCUCCUGAAAGAGCUUGAGUCUGCCAUGCCCGAGCCAGGCAUGGUGCUUGUCAUUCUCGCCGUCUCUCUCGCUGCCUUUCUUCAAGGUCAUGUACAAACCUCCAUCAAUGGUGCUUCACUCUACCGCGCCAAUAUUGGUCUACCAUCAAACGAGACCACGUUUGGAAUGUCACCCGACGGCAGCAAUACGGAAAUGUGGAUGGAUCGGAAUAUACUCAGGCCAUCACAGCCAUCUCCAAACGAUUGGCUAUUAGGAAUAACAAAUGCCGCCCCCUUUUUCAGCGCUGCUCUGCUGGGCUGCUGGAUGGCUCUACCAUUUAGCGACAGAUUUGGCCGCAAAGGAUCAAUGAUUGUGGCAGCCGCGAUGGUAAUGGUAACCUCGGCCCUGUUGGCCAUGAUUCCGGUAAUCAGUACCUCGCAACCAAAAUGGCAAAUCAUACUCGGCAUCAGGAUCGUCAAUGGAAUCGGCAUGGGCAUCAAGGCUGUCAACACGCCAGUUCUCGCCUCCGAGACCGCAGUCGGAUACUGGCGCGGUACUUCGAUUCUUGCUUGGCAGCUUUGGGUCGCGUGUGGAAUCUUCGUUGGCUUCAUCCUGAACUUGUGUUUCUCCCAAGCCAAGGACGAAAAUCUUGCCCUAGCAUUAAUUCUUGGGGCGCCAGUGGUGCCGUCAAUCGUGCUCCUUGGUGUCUUGGCUGUAUGUCCGGAAAGCCCUCGCUACUACCUCCGACGUGGUCCAAACUAUAAUCCGAAAAAAGCAUAUGAAAUCAUAAAAACUUUACGAAGAAGUCCGUUGAUCGCAUUGCGAGAUAUCUAUCUACUUCACAAAUCAAUCCAACAGGAGGUGCAAGUGCAGUACAAGAAAAACAUGGAUCUCAGGACAUUCGUCACCUUUAUGGAAACGGCUGAAUUUGGUGUUUUGAAGGACUUUGUCAAGCAAUUUCGAGAACUCUUUGCAAAAAGGCGCAACAGAAAUCCUCUAAUAAGCAGCUCCAUUGCUGCCCUCGCACAGCAAUUAUGCGGAAUUAAUAUUUUAGCUUUCUACUCUGGGACAUUUUUUAAUAUCUUUUCUAAUAACAAGAACAUUGCAAUGUACUUUAGCAUUGGUUUUGGCUUUCUCAAUUUUGUCUUUGCUUUACCUGCGAUCAGGCGGAUCGACACAAUGGGCAGACGCAGAUGGCUGCUCAUAACAUUACCAUUCAUGUCGCUCAUGAUGGCGGCUGCAGCUCUUUCUUUCUUGGCGUUGAACAACGAAUCGAUACCCGAAUCCCCCAAGGUCACAUGCGCCUUGAUUUUCCUGUACACACUAACAGAGCCAGGACCUAUACCCUUCACCUUGGCUGCUGAAAGCUUUCCCUUGUCUCACCGUGAAAUCGGUUGCGCUUUCGCUAUAUCCGUGAAUCUAUUCUUUGCUGCCUGCCUUUCCCUAUUCUGGCCAAGCCUCAUUGCCGGAAUUAGUUCACCUGGAACUCUUGGUCUAUUUUCCUUCUUUAAUGUAUUGGCUUGGGUACUAGUAUUUCUAUUCGUGGAAGAGACGCGUCGCAUAUCACUCGAAGACUUAGACUACAUCUACGCUGUAUCCAAGAGCAAGUUUUGGAAAUUCCAGCUGUACGAAUAUGCGCCUUGGGUAUUGAAGGGAUUUGUUUUGUCCAUCUUUGGAAAAAGGCAAGCAUCCACGGAUGAUGCCACCGACGAUGAGUCGAUAUCGCAGCACCCGCGGCAUGGACCUCGCCCGCAACUGUACAAACCACCUGACUUUGACAGCGAUCAGCUGGACCAGUCAGGCUCCGAGGUGGAAAUGGACGAUUUCGAUCCGGAUGGGAUUUCGGAAGUGAGUCGCGCGUAA